AUGUCUUCUGUUUCACUCUGGAUGAAUCUCACUUUUGCCUUGGUGAUGCUCAUGCAGAUAUUUUAUCCAUUCAUCAAUGGAUGCCCGGCUGAUGAAAGAAAUUACUUGUUAGAUUUCAAAGGAGGCCUUGUCGAUCCUACGGGUCGCUUAUCCUCGUGGAAGGGCUACAAUUGUUGCGAGUCGAAGGGUAUUCACUGCGACUUCCAUUCAGGCCAUGUCAUCAGUCUUGAUCUCAAAAAUCCCUUUGGUACUUACGUGGACAAUCCCAAAAAUCUUAGUGGGGCGAUACAUCCAUCGCUGUUUAAUCUGCAGUAUCUUCAGCACCUGGAUCUCGGAUACAAUUAUUUCAAUGGUACUUCAAUACCUCCUCAAUUGGCAAAACUCCAGAGCCUUUCCUUCCUUAGCUUGGCAAGUGCUGGAUUUGGAGGUGAGGUCCCUCUGGAGUUGGGGAAUAUUACAACCUUGCGCCACCUUGAUCUCUCAGCAGGACCAUUUGGGAAUUUUGUCUUGGAGAGUAGGAAAUUUGCAGGAUGGGUACAAAAUCUGAGAAGCUUGGAGUUCCUGGCUAUGAAUGAUGUGAAUCUGUCGAUCGCAAAUGAUCACUGGAAUAUUGCCCUCAGCAGCCACUCUAAUCUUAGCCAGAUUUACUUAUCUGGCUGUUGGCUUUCAGGUACAAUACCUUCUCUCCUGAAUCUCACUCACUUAUCCCAUCUCGAUCUCUCAGAUAAUUCAUUUGAUUCCCCAUUGCCAGCUUGGUUUCAGAAUGUCUCGUCCUUGGUUUCUCUUGUUCUGUCUGAUUGUGGUCUCAAAGGUUCCAUCCCUUCAGAUUUCUUGCGCCUUUCAAGCCUGAGAAAUCUUGAGCUGUCAGGUAGCCAGUUGGAAGGGAACCUUUCUUUCAUUGAAUACCAAUCCUCCUCAAUAGCCAAUCUUUACCUGCAGUGGAAUAGUUUAGACGGAAUAAUUCCUCUUUUCUUUGUAAACUUUACUAAACUUAAGAAAUUGGUUCUGGCGCAUAACUACUUAACAGGGGAUAUACCUCCGUUUGGAUCCGCGCUUGGGAAAGUCAUACCACUUUCAGUAAUAGAUCUUUCCAAAACAAAUUGA